AUGGAUCCUCAGUCACCACUCCGUCACGUCAACAGUGACUCUCCAAGCACAGAAAACAGCAAACAGCCCGAGUCACCUCUACAUAACGAAGCAAAGCAGAAAUCUGACAGUGGCAAUCAAAAACCUACAAAUCCCUUCCGAAAAGACUACGAUGCGCCAGGUGACGACAGUGUAUACUCCUCCUCACCAGAGCCCAACCUUCUUCCCAGUGUCCGGAAGAACACACCAGUGCGAGCUGUCUUCUAUGAUCUACCUACUGCACAUUCUUCUAUCACUUCCGGUACCGCUAGGAGCAAACUGCGCCCUGCCUCCAACAGCAAUUCUGAUGUUCCAGAGGAGGAGAACUCUAUUCCUCUACAGGACUUGGAACUUCUAAAGAGGGAUGGAGAAGGCUCCAUUUUACAGGAUAUACCAUUGCCUCAACUUUCUACCGUCUUAUCAAUGACGCGAUACAGCAGAGCGAGAGAUCUUCUCACAGAUGAGGACGAGAUAGUGAGUGGAAAGAGUGCAAAUUUAGAAACCCCGAUACAGCCCAGUCUUCCGGAGACGGGCCACUCUGUCUUUUCCAGUAUCAAGAAUGCAUUGGUCUCAGUCUCUUCUCCCUCACAGACUCAUUGGCCCCGAGGCCGUCAAAAGUCAAAAGAUUAUGACCAGGACAAUGGCUAUGAGGCUGACUUCAUGGAUGAUUAUUCGAACUACCACUCGAGUGCUGGCCCUGUUCAGUAUCCUCCUAGUACCCCUGGAGGCAUUCGCAAUUCACAUUGUCGGAGCACUAGCACUAGCUACCCCUUGAAAUACCAACGCCUGAAUCCUCCAGCUUCGUCUCCUCCACUUCAAUUACGCACCAAUCAUCACAAGUUCUCCAGACUUGUCAGUGGGUCUACCGAAGUUUCCUUGCCUGAAGGAAGUACAAUCGGCAAUAUUGUCCAGCACUACGCAGGCUCUGAAGGUUUAGAUGGAGAUGGCAAUGACUUGGAACAAGGCAUAGGUCUGGGAGAAUCGAAAGUGUUUCAGCCGCGAAGUUUUGGUCACGAUCUUCUCUCUAGUUCUCCACUGUAUGAACCGCUCCAGCUCUCUAGUCUCCAAAUUAGAAAGCAAAGAUGGGGAGACAAGUCCAAAGCACCAUAUACACAGUCUCCUCAACUUGAAUUGCCCGGAAAUCGCCAUAGUUCUGCUCCAGCCAGCUCUUCGGAAAUUCAAGGCUACAAGUCCACGUCUCUCCCCAGUCCACAGGAAACUUUGGGCGUACCUGAAAACCCUCGUACGCCUCAGCUACAGGCUGCUAGAAGUCUUGAUAGUAACGACUUCUUCGAUGAAUCGAUAUCAGACGCUGCCAACUCCACCUUACCCAGUCUUCCACGCAUCAGCUACCGAAACCCUUUCAGACCCAACCCAACGCGAUUCUUAGCUCGUGCAGACCCUGAUCAUUGUGUCUAUGAUGACGAACCACAUCCAAAACCCACUCCUGAAGCCCGUGUACCACUGGAACGAGAAGUCAGUCAAGCAUUGAGACGAGCCAGUGGGUACAGUCUUUACAGUGUUGGCAGUGCUUCUUCAUUGGUCCUAGACUACGGUGCGAUUUUAAACUAUGAUCAGGCCAGUGGUCUCCAUCCGAAAGCCACAAUGUUGCUGAAUGGGAAAGAUACAGACAAUAUCCCCGGAUAUUCAUACAAAAUUGGAGGACACAUUGUGGAUGAACAGGCGAAAGUUUUCUACGACAGAGAUGCGAUUCCCACCAACUGGAUCAAUUCUCGACAGAGUAUUCGUGUCCCGAUAAACCACAACGGAUCAUUUCCAGACUCUCCACCUGAGUCUCCGGUCGACGAGCAACCGCAAAAGCAAAGUCAACGACAUUCAACCCCCGCAGACGAUAAUAACGAUUGGGAGACAGUUGGAGAGAGUGGGAUCGGGCUCGACUAUAGAAAUGACAAUGAUUCUGGUUUGAUAGGAGGCACCGUACGCCGAACAGGAAGCAGUAUUGCCAACACUUCAGAUGAUGGAACUGCGAGCAUCCAUCUUGAAGAUCUCGAUGAGUUUGGCUCAACAGAGAGAAUCGCACAGCACCCAGGCACUAUUCAAUACUCGGGCGAUUAUCGCCAGCGUGAUCUGAAGAAGACCCAAAUUCCUAUCUUGAUGCCUGUUUUCAACGGUCACAAGGUUAAUGGAUACCUGGCUGAUUCUAUGAGGAUUCGACCGCCUCGGGUCCCGACAUACUUUCGCCCAGCACCACUUACUGAAUCGCACAAGCACCCGUUCAACUCCACUCCACCAGAAGUCAUGCCACCGUCUCGAGCGGGCAAGCUAAAGAGUAUUCUACGUAGCCAACUUGCUCCGACAGACUCAAAAGCUACGAGCUCCAGCAAAAGUGGUACCCAAGGAGAUAGAACGAGUACAUAUAGGAAGCCUUCCUUUGCCAGUCAAAGCUUUAAACCUGGAUCUGAAUGGACAGAUAGCUAUCGUCAAACUGGGCCCUCUGUUAGCACACAGCGUCGUCAAUUUGCUGAAGAACAAGACCGUCCAUCGUCUUGGCAACAUGUCAUGGCAUUUGCGAAUGGUGGUAACGUACCCGGCUACCGGAAGGACGGUUCUCGCAUCUGCGACCCACAGUCAAUAGAGGAUGGUCUAUCUAUUAGAGAAGUCCUGGAUGAUGAAUCACAGAUCAACAACGUCGCGCCAAAUGGCAAGAGACGAAGCAACAGUCACGCUCCGGUUGUUCCAUCAUCAAGCCGCCGACCUCCUGGAGCUUUCUACCAAGGAUUACGAGCAGUAUCGGAUCAGAAGCGUUUACAGGUUCCUGGCCAACACGAUGGUGCAACAAAGUCAACAAGUAGACGCAGUACAGCGAAAGCCCAUGGUACCACUUCUCUCCGACCUCUUUCUCUUUUGAAUGACCGUUUGCCCUCGACACCACUCCGCAACGUUUCCAAUCAGAGCGAUAUGGGCAGCUCAGAUGACUUUGUGUACCGCUCUCCUCUGGCCCCGCCAUUGCGUUCAACGUGGCAGAAGCUGUACUCCACUUCCCGAUUAUUUGAGUUGCAACAGAGAGCCAAGGCAGAUGGGGUUUAUAGCUCACGCUCUACGUUACCAAGCUCAAAUGAAGGACUGUCACGAAGACAUUUAUACGAACCGCCUAAGCUCGCAGCUCCUCAUGACAACAAUAAUGAUGAUCCGGAUGUUAGAGUAUGGAAGAUCAGAUUCUCUGUGGUUGUCCUAGUUCUCUGUUGUUUCUUCCCGCCUCUGCUGAUUCUUUUUGCUCUUGGUAAGAUGGACGGAAUCAUGAUAUGGUGGAGUGACGGCGAAUUCUCAGGAUUUGGCAAGGCACAGAAGAAGUGGGCCGGGAUUGUACUCUGCACUGAAGUAUUCAUCAUCGGAGUUCUCCUUAUUGCUUUCCUCGCUUCAUUCUUCUCCAAACACCAUGGAUAA